AAGUUCUAAAAUUAACUCACUUUCACAUACGUCUAUCACUCUCUCCUCUGCUUCUUGGAUCUCUCUUUCCAUGUCCCCAAAACCCUCCAACGGUCACAUUUCCAUCAGCCUCUCAAUAAAACCCUUCAAAUUCUCACCUCAAAGCCGUUUCUUCCCUUCUCUUUCUUUUUAAAAGACACCAAAAUCUCUAGUUAUUUCACCAGUUUGUUUCUUUUUCUUGAUUAAAUCAUGUCUGGGUCUCUUCUUUUGCUGCUCCUGCUAGUAGCCUUUUCGCUUCCACGUUCUCUCGGGGGCCAAAACGGUAUCGCGCCGAGGGAUCUCUGGUGUGUUGCUAAGAACAACGCCGACGACCAGGCCCUUCAGGGUGCGAUCAACUGGGCGUGUGGGCCCGGUGGAGCCGAUUGCAGUCCCAUCCAGCAAGGCGGGCCUUGUUAUGAUCCUAAUAAUAUUCAGACAACAGCGUCUUGGGCUUUUAAUGACUAUUACCUCAAGCAUGGGUUAACUGACGAUGCUUGCUCCUUCAGCAACUCUGCUGCUCUCACUUCCUUAAACCCUAGCCAUGAUAAUUGCAAAUUUCCUUCCAGCCUGUCGGUGAGCAAUAGGAACAGUUCUGAUUCAACGACAGCGACAAUUGGAAUGGGGCCAGACACUGCUGCAGAUUUUAGCAGAAGUAAUCAGAUUACAGGCACAUGGUUGUGGCCCUUAAUCAUCGGUCAUCUGUUGGUUGUGCUUGCAACAAUAAUUGGAGCAUGGUAGACAGCUACGCAGUUUGAUUCUUUAUUCAUUGAAGCAGUUUUCGGGCAAAAUUUAGUUGAGCCAAAAGCAAAGGCUUUGUUCAGAAGAUGGACAGUUAGGAUUUAGGUAUUUGAUCCAUGGUAGAUUCCUCUUCCACUUCUGUUUUGUUAGCUUGGCUUUGUAAUUUUGUCAAUUAUAUUAAAAUCUUGUAAUUUCUAGCCUCUUCUUUUAGAUUAGUGAAAGAUGGCUUGGGAUCAGAAAGCAUUAUUUAAGCUUGAAAUCUCA